AUGUUCGACCUGUGUGGACAGGCUCUCAGCCUGAUCCGGCAAGCCCAACACGCAUCUUUCAGUCCCACAUGCGGCGUCUCUGCUCCGCCUGGUUGCUACCUCCGGCCCGACAGUGUUGGCUACAUCGUGACCGAGGACCAGCAGAGGUCAAUAUGUAGAGAUAUGUGCAGCCCGUCUGGCUGCGACAUCCGUGUGUUCCAGUGCUACGCUGGACGUAGCUCACCUCCAUUGUUCAUUGUUACAAGUGGAUUCCGACUGCUGCUCGCCAGCCCCGACGCAGGCURCAAACUUUUCAGGGGCUUACAGAAUGACAGGCAUGGACAAGCCAAAAUGUUUGACGGUCUUGGAGCAGAAGAAGAGAUUACGGUAGAUGAGAUUUUGAGUGAUGACAAACUCAGAGCAGAAAACGACUAUGUCCAGAGCUGUAUAGACUGGAACAGGGAUGUCCUUAAGAGGGAGCUGGGUUUAGAYGACGAUGAUAUCAUUGAUCUGCCCAUCCUUUUCCAUGUGAUGGAGGAGAACAGGGCAGUGGCCUAUUACCCAGACAUGGUGAACAUGAUUGUGUUGGGGAAGAACCUGGGCAUCCCUAAACCGUUUGGGCCCAAGGUGAAUGGCUGCUGUGCCCUGGAGGCAGAGAUGACCUCCCUCAUGGAGGGCCUGGGACUCAGCUGCACAUACAUUGAUGACUUUGCCUCCUACCACAAACUGCUGGGAGAGGUUCACUGUGGCUCCAACGUCCGCAGGGAACCCUUCUCCUUCAAGUGGUGGAACCUGGAGAUGUGAGGGAUUUGGGGCAAGGAAUGGUUGUAGUUAGAAAGAGGGAAUAAGGCUUGAUGUUAACAGCAGCAACAAUCGCCAGCAGCAGUCAUCUUCAAACAACAACAGUAGUCCUUGUACUGUAUUACCCCUUUGUCUUUAUUAAACAUGUAUUUGCCUUUUUUUUUUUUACAAAAGGAUGAAAAGCUAUAUUUACAAACAAGACUUUCGAAUUUUAACAAGGGCUUAAGCAGAUUAUCAACGAGAACAGAAAUACAAUCAUCUGAAUUAAGCACAUUGCAGGUUGGAUCUGUUGUUUGGAUUGGCUAGGUGCUCAAUCCAAGUGUCUUGCAUUUACAUGUACAAACACAGGUACAGAUGAACAGGACCACAGAGAAAUGUGCAAGUAUAAUCUGGAGCCACCAGAGGGUGUGAUCCAACUAUUCAAGCAUUUCUGAAGACUAGUGAGAGUAAUAAUACAUUUAUUUUAAGCUUUGAGAUGAACAUAGUGUUUGAUAUAUUUUGAGUUUCAGUGCCUGGAAUACACACUGACUCCAAAGGCUCUCUUAAGCUGAUGAAAGGUUACUUUCUCAUCUUUCCAAUCACAUUUCAAUUAAUAGUAUUUUGUUGAAUCAUAAUCUUCAGAAUGGUGUUUAAUAAUAAAUAUAUGUCAAACUAACUGUAUUUUGAUGUAGUGUUACUUACUUAUGCAGAGAUCCUUUAGAUUCAACUGAAAUAUUUCCAAAGGAGUGUAAAAGGUUUAUGCAUUAAUGCCACAACUGACAAUAAAGCACAACUAAAUUCCA